AUUACCGAGAAGUUGCCGUUGGUCUCUCAACCUAUAAAUUCUCAUCUCGAAUUUCUAAACUAUGAGACCAAUUAACUAACAAAAGCAGAACACCAACUGCGCCAAAAAGAGAGAGCAAAAUGGAAAAUCAGAAGCAAAGCGGACCCGAACCUCCUAUCAAAGUCUCAACCAUCAAUUGUAUCGAUCUGUCUAAUCCUGAUAUUGGUGAAUCCGUUGCUUUACUAAAGCAGGCUUGCUUGGAUUGUGGAUUUUUCUAUGUUGUAAAUCAUGGGAUAAGCCAGGAAUUUAUGGCUGAAGUAUUUGCUCAAAGCAAGAAGUUUUUUUAUUUGCCAUUAAACGAGAAACUGAAAGUUUUGAGGAAUGAGAAACAUAGAGGCUACACUCCCAUGUUUGAUGAGGUUCUUGACCCUGACAAUCAAGUGCAUGGAGACUACAAAGAGGGGUAUUACAUAGGCGUGGACGUGCCUGAAAAUGAUCCUGAAUCCGAGAAGCCGUUUAAUGGGCCUAAUGUUUGGCCGGCAGAUGGUGUUUUGCCUGGUUGGAGGCAGACUAUGGAGAAAUUCCAUCAUGAGGCAUUAGAGGUGGGAAAGGCAGUUUCAAGGAUCAUAGCGCUUGCACUUGAUCUAGAGGUUGAUUUCUUUGAUAAGCCUGAGGUGCUUGGGAAGCCUAUUGCCACCUUGCGCUUGCUACACUAUGAAGAUCAAUUUUCUGAUCCCGCAAAAGGAAUAUAUGGAGCUGGAGCCCAUUCUGACUUCGGAUUUAUUACACUUUUGGCAACCGAUGAUGUUAUGGGUCUACAAAUUUGCAAGGAUAAAGAUGCAAAACCUCAGAUAUGGGAGUAUGUGACACCAAUAAAAGGAGCUUUCAUAGUCAACCUUGGGGACAUGCUGGAGCGCUGGAGCAACUGUAUGUUCAAGUCCACCUUGCACAGAGUUUUGGGGAAUGGUCAAGACAGAUAUUCUAUUGCAUACUUUGUGGAACCUAACCAUGACAGUCUGGUUGAAUGUUUGCCUACUUGCAGAACAGAAAAAUGUCCUCCCAAGUUUCCCCCAAUCAGGUGCUCAACAUAUCUGAGCCAACGUUACAAGGAAACUCAUGCUGACUUAAGUGUAUACGAUAAACAUCAAGCUUGAAGUCCUUAGUGAAAACAUGUUUAGGAAAAGGUGACAUUGUAAUUUUCAUCAUACAUCAGCAUAUCAAUUUGAAUGUGGUUAUAUCAUACAUUAGAAGUCUAUGUAAAUUGUAUUACAGUGAUAAAAGUAUGUAGUGAAUUUACUUCAUGUUCCAAGUUUCAACAUGGAACCUAUUUUGAAAA